UUGAUCACGCAAAAAUUUCGUUCUUAUAACAACACUUAUUUUAAUGAUAAAUAUUUCGAUAGUAAGUCAUUUGGAUGAGCAAAUCCGGGGGAUUUGCUGAUCAUCAUUGUUUGCAGGAAGUAAAUAAAAGAACAUUCCGAAACCAUCUUUCAGAAAACGAAUCACAUAAUCGAAUAAGGCAAAUUCUCUGCGGCCAUUUAUUCCCGUAGAAGAAAAGAAUGGAUUUUUUUUCUGCCGAAUAUUCGUCAGAUGCUGAUCUCUGAGAAACCAGAAUGCAGCCACGCUACGCACACCCCACUACUCCAAUGGCUGUGCCGAGCUUGAAACUGUACGAUAUCUGCAUGAGGAGAGUAUCGAUGAUUUUGAAGGGAAGGUUUCGGGAUGAGGCUCCAAACCCUUUCGUCGUGCUUCCGUCUUGCAUUGUACACGAUUUAAUCGCUUUUAUUUUCGACCUUUAUUCAACAGGGGGUUUCAGAGCUUACUACAUCGAACCCUUGCUCCUGACCGGUCGAGUAAAGCAUAUCACUCUGCAGAAUCUCAGACUGGAAGAGGAGCUGCUGCCUACCUUGAGGUCGUUCACUAUUUGUAGGAGGCUCAAGUCACUCAACCUGAUCAAUGUCUGUGAAUUCGACCUUGCCAUCGUCAGCAGAUUGCUGGAGGAGCUCCUGAAAGCGCUGAAGAACCUGGAGGAGUUGCACUGCUCUGUCUCUUUUAGCUUGGCAGCCAUCAGGAAAUGCAAAAAACUGAGGAUAGCGAAGCUGCACUUUACUCCAGAGAGCUAUCUCGAUGACCUUCUAGAAGAAGUGGAUGGUCAGACUCAAGCUCACGAAAACCUGUCUGUACUGACCUUGUGCGGACGGCGGGCGGAAGAAUUUCUGCAUUUCAAAGAGGUGGCAGAACUCCUGGUGAACUGUCCGAGGCUGCACUCUCUGGGAUACCUCGACGUUUCCAAGGCUCUUAGAUACCUGCACGGUUCGGAUACAAGCAAUAUUCGCAAGUAUGGUUUGGAGAGCUGCUGUUGGAGAGAGCAUAAAGUCCUCGGUUGGAGUGAGUACGAAGAUGAUUUCCUUUUGUCCAUUCGAACUGCGGCUUUAGCCUGCCCGAUGCUCAAAGAACUCGUCGUAAAAAUACCAAGGCGACACUACGAAGGGGCGAUAUCUGUUUUGCGCACGCUUCGUAAUCUCACUUACCUGGAAAUCGAAUUCGACCGCGGAAAAAAGGAUUUCCGCCCCGAAAUCUUUUCUCUCCUGUCCGAAAUCGGAUCGAAUCUGCAACACUUGGCUCUACAUAGAGUUGACAAUAUUGAAUUCGAUGCCAUUCUAAAGUUUUGCCCUGAACUGGUGUCUCUCAAAAUCGAUUGUAAGCACGUGGUUGGAGACUGGACGGAAACAUCUGCAAAUCCACGGCAACUUCAGCGACUUGCUUUUUUCAGUUCAGAGGGAUAUAGUGGCAGCAACAGUUUAAGACUCUUACUUUCCAAAUGUUGCAACCUGCAGGAGCUUUUUCUGAAAAAUUCCGAAUUCUUAACCGACAGUUUUUUGUCGAGGCUUCUGAAAGAUAACCCGAUAGUACUGGCGCAACUGAAGAUAGCCUGCAUCUGCGAUUGUUGUUUGACGAAAGAUGGCUUGAAGAACUUCCUGAGCUACGCGAAGAAGCUGGAGAAAAUUUCUCUGGAGUCAACCAAGAUAUCCGAGGAAGAAGCAGAAAAUUUGAUACGUGAAAUGAACUCUGAGGUGACUAUUAUUCCAGACUACGACGAAGGUAUAUUCGAGGAGUUUUUUCAUCGAAGAAGAUAUGUAUGCGCUUAAAACUUGGUGCUUUUAUACCUUUUGAUGCUUGGCUAACUUUUGCAUAUCAUAUAAGUUUUAUAUUCAAAUGAAGACCUUAGUCUAUCAUUUAUACAACAUUUUCAUUGAAGGUGCAACUUUUUUUUUUUUUUGAAUUUUGAAUUGGAAUGACAAUGUAAAUUUAAUUCAUCAUUCUUUUCCAGAAGAAGAUUAGGGUUAGUCCAUGAUGGUUUCUUAUUUGUUGGUAAGAACAAUGUUCACAUUGAUUUUGCUGGAAAGUCUGUCACAUACAGAUGAGUCGUUUUUAUAAGGAACUUGUGUUAGAAAAGGCAGUAUAAAAUCUAUAAUGAUGAAUAUUGUCUCAUUUUAAUAAGUAACUUUUAUAUUCAAAAUUUUUAUAGCUGCCACUCCUUAGAAGUUGAGAAAUGUUCUUGUCAAUAAGAAACAUUGUAUUAUAUAUAUAUGUUACCGUUAAAGUAUGAAAUCCGUUAUUUUAUAGAAUACCUAGUUAUUCCAUGAAAUAACUGAUCGUGCCCGUUAAAGUGUAAAACUCUCUUGUAUUUCAUGGUUUAACUAGUUAUUUCAUAGAAUAACGAUCUGUAGUCCGUUAAAGUGUAAAAUAAUCUAUAUCAUAUAUCUCGCACGACAAAAACAUAUACCUUCCACCCCUAUUUAUGAACUACAGCUCAAAGUUUAGGUACUGGUCAGGGAUUUAAAAAAUGUUCGUGUAAAACCCAAUGUGCCAAUAAAAAAUGUUUUUGUUUUAGAAAUAAUUUUCUUUGUAAUUCCAAGUGUCAUUUUAGUAAUCCUUGUUGUAACAAAUGAUUUUAUGGUACGUUUCCAUAAAUACCAUUUAUACGCUG